CUGCGGACGGGGCGGAAGAGCGCGUUCCCCAGGAGACGGCCCGAGGGGAGGGGGCUGCGCGCCGGCCUGAGGGCGCACUUGGGUCAAAAAGAAGAAAUAACCACUAACAGCUGAAACAUACAUCUCCACUCUGGCUAGGCAGGAGCAAUGGAGACUUCUGAUGGAGAAAGUUUGGGUGUAGCCACCUCCACCACUUCUGAUGAGUUUGAUGCAGUUGUUGGCUAUCUGGAGGACAUCAUAAUGGAUGAUGAUUUCCAGUUAAUACAGAGGAAUUUUUUGGAGAAGCACUACCAGGAGUUUGAUGACUCAGAAGAAAACAAGCUCAUCUAUACAGACAUUUUUAAUGAAUAUAUCUCUUUAGUAGAGAAAUACAUUGAAGAGAAGUUGCUCGAUCGGAUUCGUGGGUUUGAUAUGGUUGCUUUCACAGUGUCAUUGCAACAACACAAAGAUGAAAUGCCAGGUGAUAUAUUUGAUCUGCUUCUCACAUUUACAGACUUUCUGGCUUUCAAAGAAAUGUUCUUGGAAUACAGAGCUGAAAAAGAAGGUCGAAGUCUGGAUUUAAGCAGUGCGUUAGUGGUGACUUCAUUAAACCAUUAAACAAACCAUUCUGAA